AUGACUUCUACUAGAGAAUGGCUGACCAAAGUCAAGAAAUCUAUGACUAAUCUGGUUCUAACAGCAGAUCAACAACGAGACUCCGCCAAUAACAAUCCAUAUUUCAUGAUUCUCGCCUUCAUUGUCCCGGUAAGAUUGAAAAUACAAAAUUAAUGAUGAUUAUUUCAACAGAUUUUCUCGACAAAAUAUCUAAUCCUUAACUAUAUCGCUCAUGACUUCUACACAAAAUAUGAUGCAGAUUUCAUAAUCGCAAACUAUGUCGCAAAUAUCAUGGAAGUUCUGAGAUCUUUCAUUCCUCAUAUAUUCAUCGGAAUUCCUUUGGAAAUUUCAAACGGACCACUUCAAACCUCAAUUUUCUACAUUUUCGGUUUAGUUUAUCCGAAUAUUAUUGGUUCGGUGCUCAAUGAUUAUCAAGAUUAUCAUUGUGAAACUGCCGGGCAAGCAUUGAUCGGUUUGCAUUUCGCGAAUAUUGUUAAAGUGAGUUCAGAUGUUCGAAAAGAUUCCAAGAAGUUUUUCAGAAUUGGCCAACAUUUUCUUACAAAAAAACACGAAUCAUCGGAUUGUUCAUCCUUCUCGUUACCACCGAAUCAAUCCAAAAUGUACUAUUCUACGAUGUCGGGACCCUGCGCUUUGUGCUCUAUCAUACAACAUGCGGAAUUGCUGGAGUAUUGUUUGGAUUUCUCGCCGGCUAUUAUUGGAUCUACCGACAGCAAAAAGAAGAUGGUCCGACGACAAAAUGGAGAAGUUCUGCGAUCUCUCUGACACUUCUAACAGCCUAUCUAAUUCUUGCCGAAUUUUCCGGACUUCAUAUGACCGACGAGGAAUGGCAUCAACAAUUGGCGAAUCAUCCAGAAUUCGGAGGCUUUUUUCCAAUUAUAGUUUAA